GCGACCAGAGCGGGGAGGAAAAUAAAGUGGGCAUUUAGGAAAGUGCCUCUGCAGUAUACUAUCAGCGAUGGCUAGAUUGAAUAUGGAAGAAUGGGCGACGGUGAAAGAGGUCCCCGAAGAUGAGCAGUCAAGCUUAAUGAGGGGCGAGCCCAGAGGUUAUCUCCAAGGUUUAGCCCUUCUCGAUAGCAGCGAUCCACGCGCCUGGCUGGCUCCCACUCUGCAAGGCACUUGCACGGCACACGCCGAGUACCUGCUGCACUCUCCCGGAACAUCUGCAGAAGCAAUCCAGCAUGAUCUCCAGCACAGAGAAGCGUCCAAUAAAAGGGGAAAGAAUCCGGCCAAAGUCAGGGAGCUCUGUAAACUCAAAGGAGUCGCACUGGACGAUACAAAUUGCAGGCAAAGAGCCCCAUCAAGCAAAUUGGUCAAUGGGGUCCAAAAGCAAAGGAGGAUUGCUGCAAAUGCCCGUGAGAGAAGACGAAUGCACGGUCUGAAUCAUGCUUUCGAUGAACUGCGCAGCGUCAUUCCUGCAUUUGACAACGAUAAAAAACUUUCAAAAUACGAGACUUUACAAAUGGCCCAGAUAUACAUUAACGCCCUUUCGGAGCUUCUGCAGGGACCGACUGAUCAGCCAAAUAUAGACCAUCGAUCAGCUUACGAAGGCGCAAGUACGCGGUCUUCAACAAACUGCAGAAGAUAUGCAUCAGCCGGUUAUUCUGUGCAAAUUAAUCCUCUUCAAUUUCCCUACGAAGAAGGAUCCUUCUCCACAAUGAUAGUUCAGGAUACACUUUCGCCAGCUGCUAAAUCAAGCUCAGACGACAGUAAAGCUUCUCCAAGAUCCAACAGGAGUGAUGGAGAGUUUUCUCCUCACUCCCAUUUCAGUGAUUCAGAUGAGGCCACUUUGGAGUUACAAAGUGAAGAUGAACUGUCAGAACUCAAACUGGAGAGCCCACAUAAAUUCUAAAGCAAAGAAAAUGUGUUCAUAUUUUGUAUAUUUUAAUUCAUUGUAGGAGUGCGCAUUUUGUAGUUGCAUUUUAAAAUGGCUUUUUAAAUGUUUGACAGUAGUGUCUUAUAUUGUCUCGCUUUUCUGCAGGGGGAAACAAAGAAUAAUAAUAACUGCCAAUAUAUUGCCUGUAUUUUGUCCCGGUGGCCUAUGAAUUAUUAUUAUUAUGAUUUUUUGCCAUUUGUACCCUACAUAUGCGCUUUGUGCUAUAGGCUCUCGGUGUCAGAUUUUAUUGUCUUCCAAUACUGAGCCUUCAGCCCUCAAAUACAUUAAACGUAAAUGUGUAUUUGCCUUAUAAUGUACAUAUUAAUAAAUAUAGAAUUUUGUAAUUCCCCAUGUCAAUGUGAUCAACUUCUAAAGUUAUUGCACGCACUUUAAACCUUUUUUGGCUUAAGAAAUUGCAAAGCUUCAUGCUGCAAAAAUACAAAGGGAAAAUGCCAAUUAAAAAGUCUUAGCGACUAUUCAUUUUGAGUACAAUUUUAUAACGCAUUUGUAAAAAUUGAUAAAGUUGUUUGAUUUGUUGCUAUUUUUAUUGCAGUUUGGGGCUAUAUUAUUUAUUUCUGAGUGGUUGCUUCUGU